UUAAGUGAUCAACUGAUAGAUGACGAUGUUUCAACAUUAUCAGUAGGAGGACUGUGAAGUUGUGCAACACAGACACAUGCUACAGAAAGAGGAAAGGACCAAACCAGAGAGAAGUGGAGGCAGAGACAUGUAGAAAUGAUGAUAUGCAGUUUUCAUAUUUUCAUUUCAUUUCUCCUUAGUGGAUUAGAGUGGAUUUUGUGAACAUCAGUGAAGCUUUAAUUCAGUUCAGAAUGAAGAAGCUCUUCCUCAUCAUCACCUUCUACCUGAUCUCAGGUUCAGUGAACUGCAUUGAUGUGAUCAGUUACCCUGGAGGUCGUGUUGUAAUUGAAAUCAAAAACCCAAUUAGUAUCAGGUCAUCUGUGUAUUUUUGCAAAAUAAAAACACAAACAGAGUGUGAAAAUUUAAUAACAGCUCAGGUCUCAGAUUUACAGACAGUGGUUCAUAAGGACAGAUUUUCUCUGUUUUACUCUUUUACUGAAGGAAUCAUUUCACUGAUAUUCAGAAACCUGAGUUUACAGGAUACUGGAAUGUAUCAGAUUGGAGAGAUCAGAGGGUGGAAUCACAACAUCAACCUGAGAGUGAAAAGUGAUCCAUGUUGUGGGACAAAAACAGUAAAAGGUUAUUUGGGACAGACUCUGAUGAUCAGCUGCUCCUAUCCAGUAGAGUUUAAAACAAACACCAAGUCCUUCUACAGACUGGACACUAUCGCUGGUACUGAACUGAUCCGGACCAGCGGAACACAACCGCACCAGGACAGAUUCUCCAUUUCUGAUGACAGGAGGAAUAAAGUUUUCAGUGUGAACAUCACUGAUGUGAGAGAAGAUGAUGUUGGAGUUUAUUCCUGUGUAGUUAUUAAUGAAGAGACUGCAGUCAGUUAUCAUUCGCUCUUCACAGUAAUUCAGCUCCGAGAAGUAACAGACGACACACCAGAGAGUCCAGACGGCACAUUAACCAAAUCUGAGUCUGGAUCUACAAUCAUCAUCAACAACAUCAUCAUCAUCAUCAUCACCACCACUGUGUGUGUCUUUUUGUUUCUGCUGCUAUUGGGAGGAUUUGUACUCAUCUACAAGUUGAGACACAACAAGACACAAGAUUCUGCUUCUAUAAGCCAGAGAACAGAAACAAAUAACACGACUGCUGAUUAUAAAAAUGAUUUUGCUCAGAAUCAGAACAUCGUACUGUGUCCAGUCUACCAAAACCCAAAUCCCAACACCAACCAAUCAGAUUCAGUCUACCAGAGUCUACAGGCCAAUACCAACCAAUCAGAUUCAGUCUACCAGAGUCUACAGGCCAACACCAACCAAUCAGAUUCAGUCUACCAGAGUCUACAGGCCAACACCAAACAAUCAGAUUCAGUCUACCAGAGUCUACAGGCCAAUACCAACCAAUCAGAUUCAGUCUACCAGAGUCUACAGGCCAAUACCAACCAAUCAGAUUCAGUCUACCAGAGUCUACAGGCCAACUCCAAAUAAAACCAGCCAAUCAGAUUUGGUCUAGAGUCUAGACGUCGACAACAACCAAUUAGAUUCUUUCUUCUGGAGCCUAAAUCCUAUAACCAUCCAAUCAGAUUAAGUUCAGCAGAGCCUAGACAACACUCCAUUUCCAGUUCUUUAGAUUCAGUCCACUGUAAGUCUAGCCGUGUUUCACCAUAGUUUCAUAUUUUGUUAAUAAUCUGAAUGAGAGCUCAGAGUGAAUCACUUACAAAUUCCAUUUUAUUUGUGGCCCAAAAUGCAGUUGAAUUUUUUUGAACUCCCCACUAGCUAGCUCUUCCCACCACAAACACUGCCAUGUGUUUCCUCCAAGACACAUGAAGCCUCUGCAUUUGUUCCAGCUGCUGUUGAUGUUACCUCACAGGGAAACCGAACAUCUCUUACACAUGUCAGGGUAGGAAGUAACACCAUCCCUCACACUCAGACAGAUAUACGGAUUUUACAGAUAAAAUCUACUGAGCAAUGAAGCAUAUUAAAUAAAUAAACAUUUUUGUAUAUAAAACCUACUAGAUUAGAUGCAUUAGAUGCAUUACUGUUAAAAUAUUAUUUAACCCCAAUCAUUCCACAAAUUAAUUUAAAAUAUCCUUUAAACUUUAAGAGAGAUGUUAACCACCCCAUAUUUAAGACAUAUAUUUACACACUGCUACCCCUUUGCUGUUUUAAUUGAUUUUUUUCUAAAGUACUCCAUGCCGAAGUGUCCAUAAUUGUUAAGAAGUUAAAAACUGUACUGCAGUCAGCCACUAGAGGGCCUCAGAGACAGUCUUUACUUUUUACUACAUUUUAAGACAUCCACUCUCAUGAACCAUAUUUAUUAUGCACUAUAUUAUAUACCAGUUGCUAGAUAGAUAAUAACUUUGAAUCCGCGUAUUUAUUUAUUCUAUAAGCCAGAAAACAGAAACAAAUAACACGGUGAGUGAAAAUGACUGUAUUAAUAAGGAAAAAAUUCAAUUACUCAUUCAAACUCUAAAUUCUUCUGCAAAUGUGUGGCUCUUCCUUACUUUUACUGCUAGUAGUGACUGCCAUAAACAUACUGAGAAAUUUGUUAUUUUUGUUGAUUCACGAUCACAAUGUGUGUCAUUUAUCCCUUAUUAGACGUAUCUAAUGGUUUUAUUUUAAAAUGCCAGUGUCUGAUUUAAAUUUGAUGGUUGGAUGAUAUUUUUUCUAUUAUCUGUUCAUCUCUGUUUAUUUCAGACUGCUGAUUAUGAAAAUGAUUUUCCUCAGAAUCAGAACAUUGUACUGUGUCCAGUCUACCAAAACCCAAAUCCCAAUACAAACCAAUCAGAUUCAGUCUACCAGAGUCUAAUUCUGAACAGCAACCAAUCAGAUUCAGUCUACCAGAGUCUAUAGGCCAACACCAACCAAUCAGAUUCAGUCUACCAGAGUCUAAUUCUGAACAGCAACCAAUCAGAUUCAGUCUACCAGAGUCUAUAGGCCAACACCAACCAAUCAGAUUCAGUCUACCAGGGUCUAAUUCUGAACAGCAACCAAUCAGAUUCAGUCUACCAGAGUCUAAUUCUGAACACCAACCAAUCAGAUUCAGUCUACCAGAGUCUAAUUCUGAACACCAACCAAUCAGAUUCAGUCUACCAGAGUCUAAUUCUGAACACCAACCAAUCAGAUUCAGUCUACCAGAGUCUAUAGGCCAACACCAACCAAUCAGAUUCAGUUUACCAGGGUCUAAUUCUGAACAGCAACCAAUCAGAUUCAGUCUACCAGAGCCUACAGGCCAACACCAACCAAUCAGAUUCAGUCUACCAGAGUCUACAGGCCAACAGCAACCAAUCAGAUUCAGUCUACCAGAGUCUACAGGCCAACAGCAACCAAUCAGAUUCAGUCUACCAGAGUCUACAGGCCAACAGCAACCAAUCAGAUUCAGUCUACCAGAGUCUACAGGCCAAUACCAACUAAAACCAGCCCAUCAGAUUUGGUCUAGAGUCUAGAUGUCAACAACAAACAAUUAUAUUCUUUCUUCUGGAGCCUAAAUCCUAAAACCAUCCAAUCAGGUUAAGUUCAGCAGAGCCUAGACAACACUCUAUUUCCAGUUCAUUAGAUUCAGUCCACUGUAAGUCUAGCCGUGUUUCACCAUAGUUUCAAAUUCUGUUAAUAAUCUGAAUGAGAGCUCAGAGUGAAUCACUUACAAAUUCCAUUUUAUUCCAGCAAUAUAAGGUGAUUAAUCAUAUAGGUAAUUAAGAAGGUAAAUGAAAGCAAUAUAAAACUGUUUCCUGUUAUCAUCUAAAUCUGUGCAUGCAUUCUCCACAUGUCCAGCUUCAGGGAUGUGAAUUCAAAUCAGGUGGUUCAGAAUUUGUUUUUUUAUAAGACAUUCAGCCCAAAUAUCAUCAAAAGUAUUUGAUAAUGUUGUGUAUUUAUUUACAAUGAAAUAUUUUCUAAUUCUAAACUCAUUAUAUACAUGUUCUGCAUUUAUACAAGAAGACAGAAGAGGAGUAAAGGACUUAUAUCUGCUUUAUUAGUCAGCAAUGUAGUUUAUGGGAAAUUCCUGAAAUGUUAUACAGUGGUGUAAACGCUUCAGGUGUGAGAAAGGUGACACUUGGUUAUCUAUCCUAGGAUAUGUGAGACACGUUAAAGUCAGAAAGCACAUUUUGUAACUGGUGCACUGUCACAUAACUCAGUGAUAACAUUAUGAUCUUCACUGCCAUAAGCAGCAGCUUUAAACACACGAAUAUCACCAUUUAAACUGAAAUACGUCAUUUACAGCAGAUAUGAACGCGUUUGGUCCGGCUCUACAGUAAACUUUAAUUAGCUAUAAAAAAAAAAGAAAAAGAAAAAAAAAUUAAUUUUGCCAAAAGAUAAAAUAUUUGACUAUUUGUCACUUUUUCCAUCUGAUGUUCACGCUACAUCACAGAGCAACUGAACAUCUCUUACACAUACAUGAGCCAAAGAUACACAUGAUUGGUUAAUGCCACUCUGAAUGUCACGGGAGGAAGUAACACCAUCCCUCCCACUGACACAGCACUGUCACUUCUGUUCUCUCGAAUUUCCCACCACUGAUGGCUGUGACAUCAUCAAGAUUUCAACUUC